UCCAUCCCUGUCUCGCUGCGGGAAGCGCCGCCUGCCCGGACCGGCGUCCCGAGGCCCCGCUGGGCGCUUCGGGGGGCAGGUUUACAGAGCCGGCUCCGGCGUAUAUAACAUAUAUGAUUACGUAUAGAGAGAGAGAUGCGUAUAAAAGGGUGCUUAUACUGACCUCAUAAUGAGAAACGAGCCAAUUCCUGCUUGCAAAGGGAAUGCUUUAUGUGCAGGCACGCGAUGCUCCUGUGCUGGCUGUGACAGACCCCGGCGGGGUGCGAAGGUGCCCGACCUCCCCAAAAGAAGAGACUGGCCCGCUGGUCCCCGGGCUCUGCACCAAGCUGCUCACCUGCAAGAACAGACCAUGCCCAGGCCCUGCCAAGGCUCCCGCGGCAGCACGUCAGAUCCCAAGGAGGAAUGCUUCACAGAGAAAUCAGUGCUUGCCCAGCCAACAUUUGUUUUUGAAAAGAAGGACUGUUCUUUGAAGCGGCCUGCAGAAGACCCAGUUUGCAAAGCUGAAAAUGAUUUCAUUAGUUGUUCCAGAAAACGUGCAAGGUCAUCAUCUUUGACUUUCCAGAAGUCUGACUCUCAGUCUAACACUGAUACACCUCUCACACAGCAAAGAGGGAGAUCAUCUUCAUUUAACAUCCUUCCUACUUUCCCUCCCUCCCAGACAGUAAAGAAGAAUAACAUAUUCAUGACUUCAGCUCUUCUUCAAAGAAAUCCUGACAUCAUCAAAAGAACAAGAGAAGGAUCCUUGUCACCAAGUCAAUUGUGGAAUGUCAUUAGACCUGCCACUUUACAGCCCCCACAAGCCCUGACCUGUCCUGAAAUUCCUGUAGUAUCUCUAAUGACUAAGAAAGACGCAUGUGUUCAGCUAUCUGAAGACAGCUCUUAUUCAUCCACUGAGAAUUCAGUAAAUUCCAAAACAGCAUUGGGGUCAUCUAUUACCAUGAGUUUUUCCAGCUCUCAAAAAAACCAAGGUCAGUUGCUCAAAGAAAGAAGUGUACAAAACAGCAGCAAUUCAGAUUUUGUGUUUGGGGAAAACAUGGUUGAAAGAGUUUUGGUUGGAUCUACACAUGCUGGCAGACUUUUUAUCAAGAGUCCUGAGAAGCAUCCCAAGCUGUGUAAUGAAGCUGAUUUACACAAAGGAGAAAUAACAUCCAUGUCCACAGGAUCAUCUCCUGUCAGGCCACAAACAAAAAGACCUUUGUUGAAGAAUGCAACACUAAUUGAAUCAGCAGCUGCUUGUGUUUCCAAGCCAGUGCAGAAAAUCCUGUUGGAUAAAGUUGAAGUUAUAACUGGAGAAGAAGCAGAACAAAAUGUCUUGCAGAUUAACUGCACGCUCUUUAUAUUUGAUAAGCUUUCUUUAAGCUGGACUGAAAGAGGCAGAGGAUUCCUGAGGCUUAAUGACACUUGCAGCAAUAAGCAUGGAAUGUUGCAGUCAAGGCUAAUUAUGCGAAAUCAAGGUAGCUUGAGACUGAUUCUCAACACCCAGCUCUGGGAACAAAUGGUUAUAAAAAAAGCAAACAGAAAGAGCCUGUGCUUCACUGCAACAGAUCAAGAGGACCACUCUGUUCAAGUGUUUCUAACUCAGGCAAGCUCAAAAGACACUGAACACCUGUAUGCAGCAAUACAUCAUCGCCUUGUGGCCUUGCGAAGCUUUGCUGAGGAAAAGCCAGAUGCUCAUCAAGUAGAGACCGAGUCAGAAACAGCUUUCCAGCCAUUAAACUGUGAUAGUGAUGAUGAAGAUGAGGAAGAACUAACUCAAGUGAGCAGCACUGGAUCUGAUCAUUCUAGAUGGAACCGCAGGCGGUCUGUUGUCUGCUCAUGACUUCUGCCAGAAGUACAACAACUCAACUGGGAACUCGUCUUCCCAAAAUGUCUCAGCUGACUCAUCAGCCCCUGGAGGGAGGAAAUCAGAUGCAUAUUACUUUAUUACUUUUAAGUAGAGAUUAAUUUUAGAGACAGCUUAAGUUUAAUUCAUUGAGAAAGAAUUUCAGAUGCACUAUUGAGGAUUCCAGGCAGCCUGCUUUGCACUGAGCUGUGAAUAACACCAUGGCUUCCAAUAGUCAAGAACUGUUACAGUCUUUCGAUUUUAGAAUUAAAUAUAUUUAGAUA